UACUUCUACGCGCCUUGGUUCCUAUAUAAACAUAUACUCAACAAGUGAUACUACAUUGUUUACUAUUGCAAUGGAUAAACGCACUGGAGACAAUUCCGUUUAUUUUGAAUAGUAAUCAAAUUAUGGCCCUGAUGGAAAAUCUGUCAUUCAAGGACUUCUUAGCAUCUUCAGCAACAGUAUCUACAGUGUUUCAAUUUUUGACUGGAUCGCUUAUCUGUUACAAAUAUAUAAGGAAGAAAUCUACUGGAGAGACUUCAGGACUUCCCUUUGUAGCCGGUUUUCUGUCCUGCUUCCUGUGGUUCAAAUAUGGUAUACUCACAGAAGAGCAUACUGUUAUUUUCGUAAAUAUCAUUGGAUCGGCAUUGUUUUUCGCAUAUGUCCUGAUUUACUUCACAUUCUCCGUUAAUAAACGGGUAAUAAUACGCCAGUUCCUCGGGGUGUGCGUUUUUAUUCUAGUCUGUACUGUCUAUACGACAUAUGAGUUGAAUCCAGCUAAAGCAAUAGAGGUUAUAGGACUCGUUUGCUGUUGCGUGGGAGUUUUAUUUUUCGCGUCACCACUAACGAAACUGGCGCACGUUAUGCGUACAAAGAAUGCAGAAAGUCUUCCAUUCCCGAUUAUAAUUGCUUCAUUCUUCGUAUCUUUACAAUGGUUUAUUUACGGUUUACUUAUUGAUGACAAAUUUAUUCAGGUACCCAACUUGUUAGGGUGCAUAUUAUCAUCAAUUCAACUGUUCCUGUAUGUCAUAUACCCAAGUCAAAACUUGACUUCAAUUGCGGAAGGUGCAUCAUACCAAUUAUUGCGCUCACAAGAUAAUAUACUUUGAAGUCGAACGAGUAAUGCCCAGUGAGAAUGGUGGUUCACAUUUCCGGUCUAUUCUGUAUAUAUUAUGUAACAACUUUAUGGUACAGGUCAUCACUGAAAAUAACCGGAUAUAAGAAAUAUUAUGGUCUAUCCGUAAAAUGUUGAUACAACUAUGUGUUAUACAUUGAUAAUUAGAUAGUAGUGCUAAUGGUAACAGUUGUAGUAUAGAUAAGUAUUAUUUAGUUUUCUGUAGUUUUUUUUUUCUGAGGCAAGAAUUAGAUUUCUUGGAAAAUUAGAAAUGAAACAAUUAUUAAACCAGUGGAAUAGAAUAGAAAACACAUUCUGGUAUUCCAGAUUUUUUUUUCCGAUGUCGAUUCUCAUUUGUUUUAUGAAACAAUCAAUACAAUGCGCCAUAAUUAUGACUUGGCUUACCAAAAAACAAGAAGUGGGUUAUGUCUUUGAUAAAACCGCAAGGUGGACGUAGGACUUGACUUUGCAAUAAAUAAGUAACAAGCAUAUAAAUCUUAGACAUUUCAUCUUUCGAAUAAAGUGAUUAUCAUACCACCUCGUUCAGCAGGAAAAGAAUUAUUAACGCACAAAGGGGGAAUCGAUUCCUCCUCGGAAAUACCCAGUGCAAAUAGUACCCACUUCCCAAGCCCCGACAGUUGGAAUCAUCGUUGAUCCGGAGCAGGAUUAUUAACACUUGUGAAGGAAUGGAUUCCUCCUCGGAAUUAAACAGCAAAAAUAAGAUAUCCUUCCCAACAAUUCCAACUUCCCAAUAACGACGAUCGAUUGCAGCAUUCGUGAACAAAUAAUUUUAUAACGCUGCUCUCAUAAAUGUGAUUUAUUCGAUAUGUCAUAUAAUAUCCACUUCGAUAAUAUCCACUGCACCAUAUCAUAUCGUAUUCUCCACUAUCAAAUCCAUAGUCAAUGGUACCCUUCGGUAUCGAAUUAUCAUCGAUAUCUUGGUUUUCGCUAAAUGCUCCGUUCAGUCCGAAUGCAGAAGAGAAAUGGAAUAGAAAAACGACAAACGGGAGAAAGAGAUGUUGGAGGUUGAAAGGGGAUUGGCAGAAAAAUUCUGCAUUUUAUCUUUCGAAUAAUGUGAUUAUCAUACCACUUCACUUUGUCAGAAAGAGAUUAUUAAUACUCAAAUGAGAAAUCUUGUCCUCCGAGGAAAUACCCAGCGCAAAUUAGAAUCACACACAAGAAAAAUUAUAACGCAGCUUUCAUCAGAGUGAUUUCUUCGAUAUGGUGGAAUAUCCACUACAUCUUGUCAUAUAUUUCGUAUUCUUCAUUAUCAAAUCCAUAGUCAAUGGCACCCAUCGGUAUCGAAUUAUCAUCGACACUACGAUUUUCGCUAAUACUCCUUUAAGUUCGGCCUGCAGAAACUUUUCUGAACUCUAAUCCAUCAAAUUUGGUGUCCCUGGAAAGGGCCGUUGAUUAUAUGCUAAGGUACUAAGGUGAUAAUGACGAAAGCGGAAGCGUGCCAGUUGGAUGACCUUGGGCAUGAUGUGACGCGUUUUUGCGUGGAUAGCACACAAAUUGGUAUCUUCGAUUAUGCCGACUAAAUAUGCCUCGGUUGCCUUCUGCAGUGCCAUAACGGUGAAACUUUGGAGGCGCAAGUCGGUUUUGAAGUCCUGGGCAAUUCCACGAACCAAACGCUGGAAAGGUAGCUUGCGUAUCAGCAAUUUGGUCGACUUCUGAUAGCGACGAAUUUCACGCAAAGCGACGUUCCCGGUCUGUAUCGAAGUGGCUUCUUCACACCUCCUGCGGCUGGUGCGCUUUUCCGAGCUGCUUUCGUAGUGCCUUACCACCGGUAGAUUUAAGAGCUGUCUGCUUGGUCUCAAUGAAACGUUCUCAGAAGAGAAAUGGAAUUGGAAAAGAAGAGCAUAAUGCAUAGGCGUCUGAGUGCGACCGUCCUCAUCUCACAUCGCCGCAUCAACUGGAUUUCCAGAGCGAGUGCGAGUUUAUAUACGGUUUCAAUAAUCUGUUUUUUAAGCAAUUUUAAAGCUAUUGAAGCAAGUUUUCGGGUCAAUAAUUAAUAAUCAUAUAAUUCCUGAACAUUUUGUCUUUCGAAUGAUAUGAUUAUCAUACCACUCCGUUCAGCCGGAAAAGAGGUAUUAAAGUUCAAAACCUUGCAGUCCAGCGUCACUCUCUCGUUUUUGAAACUUUCAACUUACCCCGGUACAGAAAUGAAAGACGUAGUCCUACGUCAAAAAAAAUCUGUUCAUGGCUGCAACUCCUCAUUUACGUGCUCACAAAUUUUCGCUGGAUCCGCUAGGUUCGCUUGCUUCACAAUUACCGUUCUCGCCCUCAUUAUGGCCAGCAUAAACUGCGGGGUUUGUUCAGUUUAUCUGUUACGAUAUUCACAUGAAUCCUUAUUGUACCUUGUGGACAAUUGAUUAUUUCGAGAAAAAUAGAAUUUUAUUUGUGAGAUAGCUGCGAAAUGUUUCCUAUCAAUUGAUGCAAACAUCUUUGUGUUCUAUUAAGAAAUGCUCGAGUUAUAAGUAGUGAUGAAGCGUAUAGUAGUUUAGGCAGAUAUCGGAUAUCCGGCAAGCUUCGAGGCCGGAUAUUCGGCUCUUUAUUUGCUGAUACGAAACUGGGAGAAACUGCAUGCGUGCAUGAAGCUAAGAAAAGAUUACAUUUUAGGCAGUAAUUAACAUAUCUUUAUAUAGCAAUAAUGAACUACGAUUAAAUUUCCCGUAUGGAAUGAACAUCCCUUAAUAGAGUAUCAAGUUUUCUGCAAGGAAUAUUGAACACUUUUUUCUGUCAUCGAUUUUCUAUGAUGGAUAUGUUGAAAUCAUUUUAAACCUGAUACGCGAAGCUCACGGCCCCCUUUGGGACAGUUUCAACGAAGUAGAAAAUUUCGACAUUUAUGCGAAAACAUUUCGAAUGGAUCGCAAUCACGUUUCUUACGUUAGAUAGUCAUUAAACUCUAAGCAGUACUCCAAUUGACAAGGUUUUUUAGAGUUCAUCUUUCAACUCCUUACAGUAGUGUUUACAAAGCAAGACUGUUCUCUGAAGCUGACCUGGUGUACGAAGCAAAGUGUAAUUGGUCGGUUAAAAAAUUAAUAAUAAUAAAAAUGAUAGUGUUAAUGAAAUAAUGUUAUGAGUUAAUAUUAAAUUAAUUUUGAAAAAAAAGAUUCAUCUUGCGUUAAUGAGAAAUUAUUGAUUUUUUUUCUAAUAUCCGGUAUUCGGUCAGAUAGUAGGUCACUAUCCGGUAUCCAGCCGGAUACCAAAUAUUGGCCGGAUAGGCCGGAUACCGGAUAGUUACCGGAUAUUCGUUUCAUCUCUAGUUAUGAGCCUUCGAAAUCUUUCGUUUUUCCUACAUUUUCAGUGUUUAGAUUUCCAUUUAAAUGUACACCCCAUGAUAGAAAUGAGAGUCGUAGAAAAUUUUAAAAGUUAUCAUGUAUAGUUAUCAUCAUAUAUCAAUUAAUGUAAAUACACGAUCUCUUAUCAAUAAACAAAGCUGAAUGCCAAAUAAGGCAAAGUAUGUCGAUAAAAACGGAACACUCUGCACCAGGGCCCGAAAUCUUCGAAGGUGAAAAAUGAGGACCGACUCUACUCCCAGUAGCUUCGCUUCGACUAGAACUGCUUCGGCAGUCGCCGCCAACAAAAAAUGACUUGACUAGAAAAUGAAUUGACUAGCGCUGACUAGCGAGGAUGACUGGUGAACUAGUCCAGUCAGUGGUU